CACUCACACCCCUCAGCACCACCGCCAUCAUACCAAGGCGGAUACUGCCCCUCACACGAAGAAGCUGCCAGGAGCAUAUACUCACAACACGCUAGACAUCAGCUACUACAGCACCCACAACAUUCUCUGCUCCGACUCGCGCGCUUCCUCUCCCAGAGACCCACCUCCCAUGCCCACCCUUUCACCAUGAUCGGCGCACCACCCUCGCCAAUUAUCAAUCCGCCACCCUCCAACCCCUCCUCCCUCGUGUCUGCCAGUCCAAGGUCACCUCGCAUGACUCUUCCGCCUAUGGACAGGACAUCGUCCACUUCAUCGGCAGUCAGCUCAGCGUCUACCUCUCAAGUCACCGUACACCUCAUCUCUCAAUUCACCUAUCCACAAGGCACCCCUGGCAGCCCGGACGAGGACCGCACGCCCCCUUCUGUCAUCCGGGCCAAGCGCACUCAUACUAUCGUCAAGAUCAAGAAUGCUGUGCAUACCAAUUGGCCUGGAAGACCAAAGGUAGAAGGCAUAAGGCUCAUCCACUCUGGUAGGGUGCUCCUGGAUCAUGAGACGGUGGGGCAGGUGGUAGCAGAGGGACAGAGCGAGGCGCAUCUGCAUCUUGUAGUACGGCCUGAUGCCUGGCUCGAUCUGGACAUGGCGCCCCUCACCCCAACCGGCCCUCGGUCAGGCCGUACGACCCCACUGCCUCCCCAGUCGGCUCCUUCCGGCUCUUCCGCAAGACUACGCCCCCGGACCGACCCUCUAGAGGGCUCUUCCUACUUCCUCUUGCCAUCGGAGGCGACGGUCGCAUCUUCAUCGUCCGCCUCGCUUCCCCCUUCGCCGGCAGUAACGACGAUGCGGCCUCAUGAUGUCCUACAGAUGGACUCGCUCCCCCGUGUUCUGUCUAUGAGCUACGCUCUCUACUAUCAGCGGUAUGAAAUACUCUAUAAAGCCUUCGAAGGGCAGCCGGCCAUAGAUGAUCAAGCGGAUUUCCAGCGGCUCUACGAAUCUCUUGGCCUGCUCAAUGCAGGGGCAAAACAAGCACUUUCAGCGGUUGAGAGGCAGGUCUUUGGCUGGUCUCCCUGGCGUGACGAAGCCCAUUCCGAACCUGAAAGUCUGGAGCCGCUCCUUCGAGAAUGUUGCCAACGACUGGAUGAGCUUCGUCUGAUGUUGGAGCAGGUGGAAUUGGCUAGGCAUGAAAACAGUGGGAAUGCUGGAGUCACUGAAGAUCAGGACGUCCCACUUCGGCCGACACCAACUACCGCACCGGUACCACCAGUCGCACAAGCAGCACCACACAAUGCAGCAGCAGUAGGUGGGCAUCGAGCAGCAGCUCGAGCUCCUAUCCCGCUCCCGACACCGCUAGAGCUCUUUACCAUGUUUCUGCCGACAGCUUUCCUGGCGAUGAAGCUCGCUAUCCUCCUGUACAUAUUCACCCGGGGAGCUUCAAACAGGAAGAAGUGGGGCAUGUACACUGUGGCCUACCUGUGGAUCGCAUUCGAGAUGGUGAGAGCAUGGCGUAGAAGGAACCGAAGGCUGAGAAGUGCAGCUCGGAGAGCGGCAAGACAUGCUGCUGCCGCCUCUGGGGAGGGAGGCCAGCCCGGGGGCCGACGCGAGUCGAGAUCAGGCAGGCAUCGAGGUUCUUCCCGAGCAGGCCAAGCUACCCCAUCUAGUCACAGUACUGGUACUGGUGUCCCUGUUGCCCCCCGCCGGCUUACCGUCAACUCCCCAGCUCAACCACGCUUCUGGCUGCAGAGGAUUGCCUUUCUCGGCAUGGAAGAGGAAGACCUGGAGCUCGGCUUCCGUCCCAGCUCCUCGCAGGCUCAUCUUUGGCUCGUGCGCGUCGCCCGAGAGCGUGCUGCUGCUGCCAACCAGAGAGCCGUCGGUGCAGGAGCUUUCCGCCGUCGUCUGCUUGCCAGACUGGACCUCUCCAAGCUUUUCAACGACGUCACAUUCCCCAUUGUCUUGUACCUCGCUACGCUCAUCCCCGAAGUGGAAGAGCUGAGGACGGAAGAGGUGAGGAAGAGGGAGAGGCUCAUCCGAAAGUGGUGGACGGACAAGGGGGCAGGGUGGGUCGAGGAGAAGAGGAAGGAGAAGGCAGAUUUGCAAGAGAAGCAGGAGCAAGUCGGCAAGGAGGGAGAGGUGGAAGGGGAAAGCUCCGGUACGGGCCAGCAUCAGCGCGACUCGACGCAAGCUCCAGCAGAGCUGCCCCGUCUCCUCAAGCAUCCCUAUGUGCUCCGUCUGCUCGCCCUUAAGCCCUCGCACGACGGGUACGUUGAGCCAAUCGACCCUUCUGCCACCCUCUCCACGGCGGCACUCGGAGGUCGCAUCGAUAUCCAGGAGGAACUCGAUGCGCAGCGCGCAAUGCAGAGGAGGGGCGGAGCUGAUCUCGACGCCGACGCAGAUGCUGACGGUGACGGUGACGCUGACGUCCUUGACGAGGGUGGGAACGCUGCUGCCCCUGGAGGUGGUGGGCAGGCAGGCGGAGCAGGAGGAGCAGGAGGAGCAGGAGGGGAUGAAGGUCCUGAUAGUGAAGAGACGGAAGAGGAGGCUGCUGCCGGAGGUGCGGAAGACGAUUUUGGCUUCUUCUAGCUAAGACUUGAGAUAUGAGCGAUGGAGAAAUGAAAAAGGGACCUUUGUGUGCUCUCUUGUUCUUGUUCAUAGAUACUCAUACUACACUCAUCGUGACUUUGUUCGUUCCUUCAUCCAAUACAAUACAAUCCCAUCUAAAGUCAUAC